CGGUAAACCUUCAGGUUGUAAGGGCUGGGUCGUGUGCGCCACUUGGUUGUGUCCUGCAAUGCUGAUUGUGGGACACGCCUUGUAUGGACAAACGAGGACUGUGGAGGACUCCUAAAGUCUUCAAGAAGGAAUGACAUUCAUUAACCUAUCGCCGCAUUGAUAUAGAUGAUGGCAAGAAUAGUUGCUGGUCGAUCAGGACGAACAGAUGCAAAGGUCGAUGAGUAGCGGUCAUGGGACUCCACAACAUUGAAACUUGUAGACUUUGCCUCAACAGUACUGAGGAUGUACAUCAAAGCAACAUCAAUCUCUACACCUGACAGGCCAUGGCGCUCCGGAUGGGAAGUUGGGCACGGUGGUUGCAUAUAUUCAGGAAAGAGCUGUCCGGCAGAUUCCUGCUGGAUUGAGCUAAUUUAUGAAAUGGCCUCAGCAGUCCCUGCGACUCCCCAAGAUGACAGACAUCUUCUGAUCCCCAGCUUCGUCCACGAGUCAGACGCACCUCAAGACACCGUCGAAAUGAUCGACGAGCAUAUUGUUGUCAGCCAAGCAGCCUGGUCACAUGACUGCAAGGGACAGCAUAGUCUCACGUGACUGGCAUUCCCAUUGUGGAAACCACGAUAAACAAGAUUACGUAAUGCCUUGGACAGUCGCGAGGUGGCAGCAGAGAUGAAUGUCUGGGCUUGCAAUAUUGAAAGCACUACCAUGGAAGCGGUUGGUUCUCAAACAAGUUAAUGAGUUCACUCUUAAUCAACUGGUGACUCUCAUACGAGGGAACUUUCUUGCCUCAUUGACCCGUGGGAUGAGCGUGUUGUACAGCGCCAAGAGUCUCAGCUGGCUGGGCGCCCGAGAUUGUGAGACGCAGUGAUUGACAAGGUGCUUUCUGUUUCCAGGCACCGCACGUGAAGAGCAUCAGAUUGGCCCCCACCCACAACGAGGCGGAGAAGACACACGCUUGUUCUCCUUGAAAAUGCAAAAUGCCAACACCAUCACGCCUUGUGUUUCUGCUUGUGGGGGCCCUUGUCCUGCUGACAUUCCUGCAUCUUCGUCAGGGUCCAGGGGCCAGCCCUAUCCCUGAAUUGACGCCGCAAGACCAUGCGGGGAACCGCACAUUAGGAUUUCAACAGAUAUUCGCCCUGUCGCAACGCCCCUCGUGGCGGACACGAGGCCUUGAAGCUGCGGCGAACCUCACGGGCAUCGAAAUUAGAAUCCCACCACAACCACCAGUGGACGAUCGCCUGGCGGAUGCAUUCGCCAACAUUCAGGGUGACUGGUGGGAGACUCAGCAUCCGUCGCCGGGGGCCAGCAGAGCCUGGCUCGCUCACCUGGACUUACUCAAGCAUGUCUAUCAAUCUGAGAUUGACACUGCUCUCAUCAUGGAAGACGACGUUGACUGGGACAUUGCGCUGCAGAGUCAAAUGAUGAAUGUCUCAGUCGCGGUGCGAAAUCUAACCAGAGCCCCGGAGACGGACGCGUCCCCCUACGGCGUCGAAUGGGACGUGCUCUGGCUCGGCCACUGUGGCGAACAGUGGGCCGAGUCGAUCGAAACGGUCGUCUUUGAUGAUAUCCACGUAGUUUCACACGCAGACUACCGGGGCUUUUGGCCGGACCAGGUUGCUCUCCUACCCGAGUCGAAGCGGGCAGUAUACUGGUCCAGCAGCCCCGUGUGUACCUUUGCGUACGCGGUCACUCACGGGGGCGCCAGGAAGAUACUGGAGAGUUUGGGAGCUGGCCUGGGCGAGGCGUUUGACGUUGAGCUGCAGCAUCAGUGCCAAAGCCGGCGCCUUACGUGCGUCUCGGUGGUGCCGGAAGUCUUCCGGCAAUACUUUCCCCCUGCCCAGUUCGACGUGAAGAGCAACGUGGAUGUCGGCAAUGGCAAAGGCGAGGGACCCGGUGAUGAAGUCUUCGAAUCGGCCAUGGGCUCAACAGAGAAUAUCUUGCAUUCCGCUCGUUGCCACGCAUUAUGGGAGAGUGAUUGUCAUUAUUAGUGUUAUCAACGGUUGUCGGGUCAAUAUUAUUGUCGACUUUCUAAUUGCAUCAAAAUUCCACGUUGGCACCUAGGCCCUGGAUCUUAACAUGCAAGCUGGGCUUUAGUUAAUAUGUGACAUGUUUGCUACUAUCUCUGACGUACCUAUUUCCUAUCCAUAAUUAUUUUCAAGCGGGAUAUAAACAUAGUAGUAGCUCGCGAAUUUCUUGUCCUACUUGCAUAAACCUAGUUUAAUAAUCUACUAAAUAAAAUAAUACAAGGGAAUAACUAGAAA